GCCGGAAGGGGCGGGCGGCGCGGCGGAACCGGCGAUGCUGCUCUUCUGCCCGGCCUGCGGGAACGUGCUGGUGGCCGAGGAGGGGCCGCGCUGCCACCGCUUCGCCUGCACCACCUGUCCCUACGUGCGCAACGUGACGCGGAAGGUGACGAGCAGGAAGUACCCGCGGCUGAAGGAGGUGGACGAUGUGCUGGGCGGCGCCGCGGCCUGGGAGAACGUGGACUCCACGGCAGAGCCGUGCCCCAAGUGCGAGCACCCCCGCGCCUACUUCAUGCAGAUCCAGACGCGCUCGGCCGACGAGCCCAUGACCACCUUCUACAAGUGCUGCAACCCGCAGUGCGGGCACCGCUGGCGGGACUGAGGGCCGCGGGGAGCGGGAAUCAGGAUUAUUGCUGCUCCUGCAAUAAACGCGGCGCUGCGGGCAAG